GCCCGAGGAGGAAGACCGGAAGUGGCGACGGUCGCGCCGCAGUGGCCGCCAAUCGAGCACGGGCUCCGGAUCGGGGUCCACCAAUGGGAGGCCGGAUUGUUGCGGGGUGGCGAAAAAGGGGCUGCGCCGCUCCCCGCCAUUGCCGAGGCGAAGGGAAAAUCCUGCCCGGACCAAGAUGGGGGUGAAGCUGGAAGUCUUUCGGAUGGUGUUAUACUUGUCCUUCCCUGUUGCCAUGUUCUGGAUCUCCAACCAGGCCGACUACUUUGAGGAAUAUGUUAUCAAGCGCAAGAGGGAGAUUUACCCCCCUGAGCGGGAGGACCAGCGCAAAGAGCUGGAAGAUUUCAAGGAGCGGAUGCGGAAGCAGCGGGAGGAGAAACGGUUGCAAGCCGUCCAGCAGUGACCCCGGACUGGGGGGAGCUGGGGAACGGCCUCCUGUAGACUCCAGAGAGGGUCCCGGGCCUCUGAUGCUAAAGGUGGGCAGGCCAAGCCUCUCCCAGGCAAGAGAGCCGGGAAGUAGAACUCCUCAGCUCUUCUGAGAAGCUCUCUUUCCAGGCCCAUGGUGCCCUCUCCUCCAUCGAUGUAGGUAGGGCAGGGCCUGGUUUCCCAACUCCACUGGAGGAGACUUUGCUCUCAUUGGCCUCGGGAGGGGCCCCCCCCAUCUGGAGCCAAAGCCCUCUCGGGGGCUGAGCCGAGCUUGCCAGUGAGAGGACCUGUACUGGCCUUGGCAGAACUGGAGGGAGUUCUCGAGUUUUUCCCGAACCGAGCGCCCCCUUCCCCCCACCCCCCAAUAACAAUGUGCAGAACCUCCUGA